AUGUGGAUACUCACACUAAUAUACAACGAAGAGGAGUUUUCUAGGCCUCUUCGACGAAAUUCCGUUCUCAAGAUUGGCAGAAACAAUGAUUACAAAAACCAAGAGGAUUGUCUUCACAUUGGCGACUUGAAAGUGCCCAAGAAGUACAUCACGGUGAACGUGGGCUCCCAGGAAAUGAAAAGUCUCGAACGUUCACCGCUAUCUCUAACAUUCGAGUCCAUCUGUACAACCAAAGUGAACGAGGAAGUGUUCAAACUCCAAAGUCGCGAGGCAGAUCCAUUUACCAAAGAGUUUUCCGAAACAGAUCUUUUGCUCAAAGUCAAUGCCAACAAAUCUGACCGUAUAAAAAUUAGGCUACGAUGGGUUGACGUGGUUGUGUUAGCAUUCUCUAAGAAGAUGAUGUACGAAGGUGAAUGUAUAGAAUCACAUUUGCCUGCCUUGAUAAAAGAAAUUUAUGAAAGUGGCAUCGAUAUAAGAGCCACACUGGACCCACUAAAAGCAACACAUUAUUUGACUGCCGUAGAUAAUCAUGACUACAAUCUACAGAUAGCGCUUCUGAGGGCCAUACCCGUUGUUUCCGAGGUGUGGGCAUUGGCAAUGAGGGAUGAGCAGGGUAAAGUUGAAGAAUGGCUUUUGCACUUGGAUCAAAGGUACUUAUACGAGAAGUCUGAGGGUAAUUAUGUGUUCCCUGACUCUAGAAGGCGUACAUUGUUGAGCAGCGUGAAUGCUAUUGUAUGCUACCACACGCUCAACAAGCAGACCACAAGACUCGAGGAAUGGCUCAAGUGUUUGGGUUGCGCUCCUCAAAUGUUGCAGGUGCCCAAUGAAGAGGAGGCGGAGCUCACGUUGCAGCAAACUACGAAUGUUCAGAUUUUUGUCCCCAAUGAUGAUAGGUUGAGCUUCUUGCAGGACAGAGCCAAUACCACUGAGGCUUUAUGGACGGCCAUGGUCAAUGUCGACGCAUCAAUUUUGAAGGUCUUUGAGGCUUCGGUGAAGAGAAAGCCCGAAUCCAUCGAUUUGAGACCGACGCAGCGAAAGAGGCGGAAGGUUAAGAAAGUAGGCGACACAGACUUCUUUCAGUUCAGUCAAGCUCUGUCAAUACCAAUACCCGAAGAACAUGUUGAACAGAGUCAUACAGUUGAAGAGGUGCAGCCAGCUGGAAAGUCUCUUCAGUCCACUAACGAGGUUCAACAAGAGAAAGGCGAGACUCAACGGGAGAAAGGCGAUAUUGACAGUUCUAAUACCUCUGCAAGUAACGAAAGUGGAGACGCAGGCGAUCAGUCUCACGAAGUGAGCAAGACAUCAACCUUGGCAGAGGACACGACAUUUCCAACAGAAGAGUUGCACAAGAGGCCCUUGGAGGAGCCAUCUUCGAAUGAGCCUAAACGAACAAAGGUUGAACCCACAAGAGAACGGCGCAAAAUUAUCCCACUAGUAUCGUUGGCAGACGCUGUGCGUUCGACGAAGAAACAGGCGGAUUACGUGGUCAAGGAAGAGCUUGGACUCGACGAAGCCUCAAUAAAUGAGAGCCUUGAUAAUCUUGCAAUCGUCGAGGAGAUUGACCUCUCAGUACGAAGAGUCAAAGGCAAGCCGGCACCAGUCAUCGACUACAAGGGCCGCAAAAACUUCAAGUCAUUCAAGAAAUCAGCGUCUGUGCCGAAGAGCAUCACCAGAACCUUCAUACAGUUGGAGAACCAGGACAACUCCAUACAUUUUGAAGGUCUAGCAGCACCGAAGAAGAAGCGAGAUAUCUACCCUGUCAAAGUCGAUUUCGACAAGGAGAUGGGUGGAGUCAAAGGGUUUCAGCCAGAGGAGUCUCAAUUGUUUGUUGGCGAAGAAUCUGAAAUCGAAACUGAAGAUGAUGGUUUCUCUUUCCUGACAGGGCCUAAGCCACUGGCUACAGCUGACAUACUUGUUGAUGAAAGCGAUGAUGAUGACGACGUCACGUUUGCGUUCUCCAGAAGAUGA